CAGGGACCUAGGUGAGGCUGGGCUGCGCGCCCAGACCCCUGGCCUUGUGAAAGGUACACAUGCAACUCCCUGUUGAGCACUGAUGGUGACAGAGGGGACAGGAAGUGCUCUGGAUGGAAAGUGAUCGCUACCAUGCUGCCUAAACACCUGUGAGGCUGGGCCCUUUCCUGCUUCAUUGGUUAAGCCACAAGAAGCCUCUUGAGGCCUCUCCAGUGAGGACUGGCACUCUCGGGCUCCACACUGGGCACUGGAGUGGACCAUGACUUCCCUGUUCCUGCUGCUCUUGCUGCUCCCAUUCCUGGGGGCCAGUUCCACCCUAGACAGGGGUCUUCCCAGGCCCCUUGAAGACAAAGAACCCUACCUUGUCCCUGUAGCCCACGACGAGGGCCCUGUGGACUCAGAGCCCCAAGCCUCUGGCUUCCAGUGGCAGAGCCCCAGGCACUCUGAUGGCCCCCAGCCCUCUACUGGGGGUGCCCAGAGGCCUGUUGGCUCUCCCCUGGGCCCAGCCCUGCCUGGGCCCCAUGCAGUCCCUGGGGCUCCAGGAGCACAACUCCCCAUGAAGGACAACCUCCAGCUGGCUCAUGGGUCCAGCUCCCAGGGUUGGAUGGGACCCCCUGACACCCAGGACUCUAGGGAGCAAGAUGCACUUGCCCCUCUCCCAGUGGGUACCCCUCAUCUCAUAGUCACCCCUAUACCUUCCAGCCUUCAAGUUGAGCCAGCUACAGUGCCUUCUGCCCCCCAGGAACUCCAAGGCCCAGUGGGGCAGUAUCCACCUAGAUACAGGGAUCCCAAUGCCAAACCCAAGAACAAGUCCCCAAAGGCUUCUCCUCAGGACCCCCCUCACCACACUCUCAUGCACCACACAGGCUUUGUUGGGGAACCAGUCCUAGGAGGACAGGGUGGGCAUGAGGGUGACUUCCAGGAGGUAGCCCAAGGCUCCCAAGCCACCCAGGAUGACUCAGUAAUCCCUGAUGCCAGCUCUGUCUCCCCCACUGACCUCAGUGCCCAGCGAGGACCAGAACUAGCAAGAAGCCUCCCUCCUGCAGAGCCCCCAGAGAAGGCUGGUGCUGGGGACACCAGGGAAGUCAGCCCCCCAGGCCCCCAGCCUAAGCAGAUGAACCAUCCUGAUGUCAAGGGUUCCCAAGAACCCCAGCCCACACACAGUGCAGCCUCAGAGGCUCCAGAUGGGCAGCUGAAACCAGAGAUAGCAGCGAUGAAUGGAGCAGACCCCAUCUCCCCGCAGCGGGUAAGAGGAGCAGUGGGAGCCCCAGGAACCUCCAAGUCUCUCAUUCCUGGCCUCUCAGAUGCUGGUCCAGCCACAAAUGGAACAGAGAGCCCUGUGAGGGUCCUACAGCCAGAUGAACCCGAGGAGUGGCCUGGGCGGCCCCAAAGCCAUCCCCCAGCACCCCCAGUCCAGGCCCCCUCAACAUCACGGCGAGGCCUCAUUCGAGUCACCACACAGAGAGCCCUGGGCCAGCCCCUGCCUCCGGAGCCCUCUGCCAGUUCCAUGGCUUCUGCCCCGGCUUCCAACCCCCCAGCCAAUGCCACGGCACCUCCUCUGCGCUGGGGGCCCCUGCGGAGGGUGCUGAGCUUUUCCUGGGAGCUGCAUGUAUAUGGAGUGGGAGUGCUCUUCUUGCUGCCAGCCUUACUGGCCCUCGCCACACUGGCUGCGGCCCUGUCAGGUCCCCGGCUGGCCCUAGCAGCCUCCCUGCUGGUGCUCCUGGCUUCUGGGUUGCGCUCGGCAUACAUGCUCACUGACCCUUAUGGCUCACAAGCACGGCUGGGCGUGCACGCCGGCCUGGUGCUCUACGACCUGCCCUUCCCCUUGUUGCUCACUGCCCUGGCAGCCCUGACCCUGCUUGGUCUGGGUGCCGGGCUACCACCGACACUGCAGAAGCCUUUACUGCUGGGGACCUUGGCCCUAGUGCACUGUGCUGGGCUGCUCACUGCAGACCUGCUAUCCGCAAGGCCUGCACUCAACCUCCUGGUGCAGGGCCUGUCUUGCGCCUGGGGUGCAUCUGUGGCUCUAGGCACGCUCUGCCUGUGCCGGCGCCGUUUGCUGGACGCACCUCGGGGCUGGGACGCCAGCCCAGGCCCACGCUUGCUGGCUGUGGCGGGCUCACUGGGGCUGCUGGCCAGUGGACUGCAGCUGGCCGCCUCGCUCUGGCUGUAUCCGGGCCCUGGCCAGGUGGGCCGCUUCUCAUGGGCCUGGUGGGGCGUGCACUUCUGGCUGCGCCUACUGGAGCUGACCUGGGCACUGGCACUGGCACUGGCUGCAGUGGCCGCCGUGCGUCCCCGGCCACCCACCGAACAUGCUUGUUGGGCGAAACUGCUGCGUCUUGCGUGCCCUGUACCGUCAGGCAAGAGUGAGGUGCCCGAGCGCCCCAACAACUGCUACGCGGGGCCCAGCGGCCUCAGCCAGGGUGGGCUGGACAUUAGCAAGAGCCUCAUCCGCAACUCGGCAGAGGGAGGUCCGCCCGCCACGCCCAGCUCAGGUGCCUGGGGCUCAGCUGUGUCGCUGGGUCGCGGUCCUCCGGGUGGCUCGGGACGGUCCCGCAGCAGCGUGGGGAGGGCACCAUCACUAAGUGAGCUGGACCUGCGGCCGCCGUCGCCCAUCAACCUGAGUAGAAGCAUCGACGCCGCGCUCUUCCGGGAGCACUUGGUGCGGGACAGCGUGUUCCGGCGCUGCGGCCUGCGGGGCCUAGCCUCCCCACCGCUGCGGGUCCGCCGGGGCAGCCACCCGGACGCCGAGCCCGACCCGGGAUGCACGCUGCUCCGCACCCGCUGCCGCUCGCUCAGCGAUGUCCGCGGCCCGGGGCCACAGCGCCUGGCAGAUGAGGCCGGCCACACAGCAGCCUCUGGCAGCUCCCUGGACAGCUUCUCCCGGGGCUCACUCAAGAUCAGCUGGAACCCGUGGCGGCACGGCCUGUCAUCAGUGGACAGUCUACCGCUGGAGGAGCUGCCUAGCACCGUGCAGCUCCUACCUGCCCCGGCCCCGCCCCCGCCCCCGCCCCCGCCCCGGCCGGAGGUCCCUCCACGCCGCAAAGCCGGGGAUUCUCGCAGCGCAUCCAGCGACACCAUUGAGCUCUGAGCCGUCCACUGAGCACAGCCAGCUGCCAGGACAGCCAAGCUUUACACACUGGCGACCUUGGCCGGAAACAGCCAGGCGGGAACCCGCACUCAAGCUUUUUAAAAAAUAUCUCUAUUUUUUUCAGCAGGUAUUUUGCACAAAGGCCGUGACUUACACGGA